CCAAAUAAUUUGAAGAGAGCGAUGCUACUUGAAGAGAACAGUUUGUUCUGGAAAGUGCUGCCUUUUUUAGAAAAUAAGUUUACUGUGGCUAUUGUUUCUUCUUGUGUUUGUCUAUUUCUGUUGAUUUGUAUUUGGGUUUUAUAUGUCAAGAGACACUAUUCUCCUGUGCGUUCGAAAAUAUUAAUUGUUGGGCGCUCUGGCGAAGACGAACAACCUGGUAGUGGAAAAUCUACCCUUUAUCACGUAUUAAGAACAGGAAAAGCUCCCAAAUUUCAGUCUGUAACUUCCAUGGUUCCUAAUGAAGGUACUUUUAUUCCCCGUGGCUCGAAGACUUUGAAGGAAGCGAACUUUGUUGAUUUUCCCGGUAACGAAAGACUGAAAACUGAAUUGGAAGAUCAGGUCCUUCACGCUAAGGUUAUUAUCUACGUCUUAGAUGUAUCAAGGUUGGAAACGGAAAUAAGAAAAGAAGCAAUUUCCGUUUACAAUAUCUUCAAGUUGCUUAAGAAGCGGAACCGGAAGGCCAUCCCCAUUCUGAUAUUUUGUAACAAGAUAGAUUUAUGUGAAAGCUUUCCACUCGAUAAAGUUAGACAAAUACUAGGAGAAGAAAUAUUAAAGUAUCAGAGAGAAGUGGCUCCUUCAGGUGGAGAUGAAUCGGUUUUAGCAACGAAUAUAGACUCUUUGCUAGCGUGUUCACAAUAUGUGGUUUCCUUUGAAAGUGGUUCAGCUGCACAAGGCGUAGUAGAACCAGUUAUUCACUUUUUAGACAGGAUUUAAAAGAUUUGUAAAAGUUUGUUCAAAGUAAAUGGCGACAUCUCAAUGUGCGGAGAUAUUCCAAGUAAUACAAUUGGAAUGUAAAGUUCUUCGUUAAGAUUCAAUAUAUGACUGAGAAAUAAAUAAAGAAAUGAAAAU